AGGACGCCCUGGGCUCAGACCACUCCGGACAGAGAGACCUUUGCGUGACCCCCACCGACGACACCACCGCAGACACCAUGGUGCACUGGACCGCCGAAGAGAAGCAGCUCAUUGCCAACUGCUGGAGCAAAGUGGACAUCGGCCAGAUCGGCGGAGAUGCCCUGGCCUGCCUGCUGUGCGUCUACCCCUGGACCCAGAGGUUCUUCCCCGACUUCGGCAACCUCUCCAACGCGGCGGCCAUCUGCGCCAACGCCAAGGUCAAGGCCCACGGCAAGAAGGUGCUGACCGCCUUCGGAGAGGCCGUCAAGAACCUGGACAACAUCAAGGACACCUUCGCCAAGCUGAGCGAGCUGCACUGCGACAAGCUCCACGUGGACCCCGUCAACUUCAAUCUCCUGGGCGACGUCCUGAUUGUGUGCCUGGCCGCCCACUUUGGGAAGGACUUCACCCCGGCCUGCCAUGCCGCCUACCAGAAGCUGGUCAACUCCGUGGCCCACGGCCUGUCCCGCCGGUACCACUGAGGAAGAAGAGCGAGAAGGACGGCCUUGACCAGCUGUUGUGACCCCAAACCCUGACCCCCACUCCCCACAAGUGAUAGCACCAACACCACCAUCACCACUGCAUUAAUAAACGUUACCUAAUGCAAAA